CCCAAAAACAACCUCGCCCAAACCACCACCAUCGCUACCAUGUCCACUGCUGCCGACACCACCACCGGCACCACUCCACCAACCGACGCUGAUAUAGUCCUUUUGGCCCAGCGCCACGCCCAUAAUAGUUUGCCCCUCCCCUCCUGGCUCCUCUCCCUCGACUUCCACCCCACUCUCCUCUCCUUCCUCCGCUUUCGCUCUUCCUCCCCUUCCCCCUCUCUCGCCGUCUCCGAAUAUACCCUGUCCCUCCUCUCUCUCAUCUCCAUCUCCCACACCCCCUCCCUCUCCUCCCUCCUAUCCUCUCUCCUCUCCUCCUACAUCCACCUCUUCACCUCCCUCUUCAUUCCCCACGACCCCAAUUCCCUCAGAACCCUCCAAUUCUUCACAUCCCUCCUCCACCACGUCGAACCCACCUUCCUCACUCCUGUCAUCGACUCAAUUCUCUCGUAUUUGCCUCUUAUCAACGACUCUGACGAUGCCCAGAUCCUCGAUCUCCUUCCGACGUCUGUAGACUUGAUUCGUAAUUCGGAGGAGGAGAAAUUGCGUGGUGGGGAUUACGCUAACAUGAUUUUUGAUCGUAUGCUUGAUUGUAGUUGGUCCAAGAGCUUGUUGUUGAAGAUGGUCUCGCUAGUGAGGGAGUUUUCGUUUAUUGAUAAGGUGAGGGGGAGAGAGUUUUUGGACAAAGUGUUCGUCGGAAUGAAGUGCGCGAACUUGCAGGACUUGCCUUCGCUUGUGUACCAAUUGUUGGUCUUGGGGUCCAAGGGGUUUAUCAAGAAGGAGGUGAUCGAAGGCAUUGUGAUGUUUUUCGGGUCUAAAACGGGGUCGAAGACAAGCUCGAUAAUUAGGCAAGUGGAAGGAACCGUGUUGCUUCAUCUGAAUUUUGCGGUGAAGCAGGACCCGUCUUUGGGGCAGGAGGUGAUGGGGCUUGUUAGGUCGGAUUUUCGAGCUUUCAAUCAUUUUACGGUCUCUGUUUUGUUGUCGGUGGCAAGGGUUCGAAGGCUCGGUGAGAGUUCGAUGUGUAUUUUAAAGACUGCGGUGCUCACAGCCUAUCGAGAUUACAAGUUUACCAAAGACUGUAAAUGGCUGCCAGAUGAUUUGAAGGAUGAGUAUCUUGAAAAUACCAAAGUAGUAGAGAAGGCUGUGUUAAGAGCUGUCAAUGAGAGCAGCUACGGAAGAGAGCAUAUGGUGCCUAGCAUUUUGAAGUUUGCUUUCGUGUUGCUUGAGUCAGUGGAAGAGGGGGGCAAUAAAGAGCUGUGGAAUUCUAAUGAUCUAUUGGGCAUUGAAGCCCUUGGUAUUAAGAUGCUGGAAACUCUGUUUGAGGUCCAUGAUAUGGCAAGAAAUGAGAUUAUUGAGCAAUGCAAAUUUCGCAUUCUCUCGUUGAAACCUGAGCAGAGCAUGCCAAUCAUGAGACUGCUUGGUAAUCUUAUUCAGACUUAUCCUUACCCCAUGUUGGAACAUGUUUCCCGUCUGAAGGAAUUGUUAGAUUAUUUCACUUUCAUGCAUGGCAAAGUCGCUGCUUUCCUUGUUACUGCUCUAUUGCCUCUCUUCAAAUUCAGCCGUGAUCUUCAGGAUUACACCAUUUUGGUCAUCCGUAAGGCUAUGUUUAGAAGAGAAGAUACAGUUCGUAUCGCUGCAACUAGUGGCCUUAUUGAUCUUAUUCUGGCAGAAAAGCAAUCUAAGAGAGAUGGUCCAUUAUCUUUCCAAGAUUCAUCUAGCCAAGCCAGCUGCAGCCAGCAAGCUGAGAUGCCUUGCAGCCUGGGGCAAGGUCUCUUUCAAGAGCUGAGUGGCUUGCUGCAGAGAUGUCUUUAUCAGCAGGCGAAGGUCAAAGAACUCAUGUAUCAUGGGCUUGUGAAGCUCGUCUUGAUGGACCCAUCAAGUGCAGGUUCUAUCUUUGAUUUUCUGCUGCCUCACUUCCUUUGUUUUUUUGGGGAGGACACAGAAGUUCAACUUAAAAUUAGGAGUUGUGUUAAAUCAGAGAGUGGCAAAGUCUUAAUUGAAGAGCCUCUAGAUUGUCUUCUAUCUUGUGUCUCUUGGAUUCUACUUCUUCAGCCACCUGGCAAAACUGGAAUUUCUGGAUCUGCAUGGGCAUGUUUGGGUUUCUCUCUUUCACAAGACAAGGAGGUAGGAAGGAAUUUGUCUGGUGAGUCAUUCUAUAGUGCUUUCUCGAAGAUCCGAAAGUUUCUAACGAAUCAGAAUUUGGAAGGUGUUCUUGGCCAAAUUGAGAAUGCUGGGUCUAAACAUCUUGAAGAAGAGAACAGCAAAUGUUGUGCUUUAAUACUAUCAGGAAUAAUUGAAGUGGUGUUGAAUACCAUUGGCAAUGAGAUGGAGAAAACAACAGAGAUAAGGAAGGUGGAUCUUGAAAAGGAGAUUAUCAGGUUACUUGACCUUCAUCAUUCAUUGGAUAAGUACACGUGUACACCAAGACAGAGUAAUGGCAUCAGAAAAGGGAAUUUACCAAGCGCACCUCAUGAUACACCCAAUAUUAUGGAUUCAGGCCACACAAAAGUGACUAAAGGAAGAAUUCCAUAUUUGUCUACUUCAAGUAUCUAUCAGCUAUUGCAAACAGCUCUAAAACUAUAUAAUACCGACUGUUCUAACAGUAUUGGAGCUUACCAGAAUUGUAGCCAGUCAUCCUCAGGGAAUUCAUCAAAAUGCGGCUCUAAGAUUAUUUCUUUUGUCUUGAAUGCCUUCCUUCAUAAUGCAAAGUCUUUGCCUGUUAUGGGAAAAGAAGAUCCGUUGAUGACUUUGAUCUAUGGGAACAUUGAGAUGCUUGGGCCCCAAUUGCUGAAAUUGAUUUUUUUGCUCAAGUCUCUACCGAAGUCUGUGACAGAUCACAAGAAAAAAGAAGCUAAGGGAAAAAAAGAAGUUGGGGAUCAAAGGGAGCUUCUCCAUCUUGCCUUUGUCUGCUUGAAGGAACUGAUAAUAGUUAGUUUGUGUAGCCCAAACCUGGCUGGUAUGCUUGAAGAUAUGGCCUCUGUUUCGACUUUUCAGUGUCCUGGUUCUGAUGAUGAAUGUGAAGCGGCUACUAGAAUUGAUGAUCAACAUGUAAGAGGCAAAGAAUUGUUUAUUACGAAAAUCUUGAAGCCAUUCUUCUCUGAGCUUCUUGCACUUUCAUUUUUUGGUGAAGUUGAGGUUAUCUGUGAUAUGAUAUUUAUGAUUGGGAAGAAAUUGCCAUGCAAGUGGAAGAACAUUCAUGGAGCUUGGGCUAUUCGGGUCUGCAAAAGUGGUGGCAUAAGGAACUCCAAAGUUGCAAAAACUGUUGUCAUGCUUGCUGUAUCUUUAAGCUCACCUCCAAACGAUCUAAUAUUGGCCCAAGACAUGGCUGCGGAGCUGUUAAAAGUCACUGGCUCUGAGAUGGUUGACCCAAUAGAGAUGUCUGAAUCAUACCCCCUCAUAAACCAUUCUACAAGUUCUGCAAUAAGUUCUUGUGUACUGCAAUUGAUUGAAGCAAUUCUUGUUGAUAUGGAUUGGGCCACAAAAAGACUAAGGACUUUCGCUUUAGUCACUCAGAAAAAUACUCAUCCUAAUGAAAAUGGGGAACAUGCUUCUGGAUUGGCCUUUGAGGAAAAUAUUUAUUCAAUGGCUGAAGAGGUGAUGAAAGUACUAUCGUUUUUUGUUUUGAUGACCGUCAACGACACUCAAGCAGAACAUUUGCUCAAAUUGGCUGCAAGGUUCUACAAGCAUUUAGCUCAGAUGUCAAAGCUGCGGAUUGCUCCUAAAGGUUGCAAACAGCUUCUUCCCAGCCUAAAAUUUCAGAAGCUUGUAGAACUUACUUGCAAGCAGCUCACAGUUCCUUUAUAUAACUUUGUGAUGCUGGUGCAAAAGAAACAGCAAGAAAAUCCUAGUAGUAAAGGGAUCAUCCGAAAAAUUAAGAGAGAGAACAGAUGCAUCCCGGACCUCAUCUUUCAGAUAGAAGAUUAUGAAAAAUAUCUCAUCCGGCUUAGCAAGGUCAGCAAAGUCAAUCUACUGAGACAUGCUAAACGUAGCACUUCUCGGGAUUUCAAAAUUUUAGACCCCAAGAAGAUGAACAGUGAAGAAGAUGCUUCAAACCAUGAUGAUCCAAAUGCGGUUGUAAAUGAAUUGUGUGAGGUUUCUGAAGACGACGAAGGAAACGAGUCGGAGAAGCCAUUAUCACCCGAGUCUGGUAAUCCUUUGGCUGCAGAGGAUUCUGGCUCUGAUGGUGAAGGCUGAAGCUCUUCACAGCGCCAAACGGGUGAAGAGAGGUAGAGUGGUACAUGACUCUGAUGAUGAAGCAUAGGAAAAACAAAAGGUGGUAACAUGAUGAUGUCUUAUACAGGGAACUUAGGAUGGUUGUGUAUGGUGGUUUUACGUGUUUCUAAUCGACAGGAGGCUAGAGAUAUGCCUGGUUUUGAAUGAUACUUGAUGAGAA